AUGAUUCUAACCCCUGACGCCAGCUCAUCGGAAACGCCGAGGAAGACGAGCGACGACUUUUUGCGAAAACAUUUAUCAGAUUUAAUCGAAGCCGAAGAAGACGAAGUAUCUAGCAGCCUCCCCGAUCGGCAGCGCACCUAUAGAAAAGCAUCUACCGCUAGCAGCACGCUCAGCGGCACUUCGAUGGACGCUCUGUGGGAGAAGCACGCGCGUCGCCUCAGCGAGGCUGGUCUAAGGAGGUCCUCAGACCACAGUGUAAUACUAACAGAGGAUACUGACAGCUUUAUAAUCGGUGAGCGCGUUUGGGUAGGCGGUACAAAGCCUGGUCAGAUUGCAUACAUAGGCGAAACACAAUUUGCUCCUGGUGACUGGGCGGGCAUCGUACUUGAUGACCCGAUAGGAAAAAACGAUGGGUCAGUUGCCGGGGUACGUUACUUUCAAUGCCCAGAAAAACGAGGUGUUUUUUCACGUUUGACGCGUUUGACGCGAGCACCUCUAGCGACUCAUGGCCCUCAUGACGCUUCGCCUAUCUCCGAUGCCGGCAGUGUCUUCGAACGACCGCCUUCUGGCUCCGCUAGACCCAGGCGUACGCUUUCUCCUAACGGAAGCGUGCGUAGCAUCGUCAGCAGUAAAAUGAAUGCUUCGAUUUCGACAACGACAAAUGUAGAACUCCGCCUGGGUGACCGCGUAAUAGUAUCAAGCAGUAGAGGCAGUAAAGCUGGUACUUUGCGUUAUGUAGGUGCAACUGAUUUCGCGUCCGGCGUAUGGGCCGGUGUUGAACUCGAUGAUCCUCUUGGAAAAAACGAUGGCUCCGUUGAAGGCAAGAGGUACUUCGAGUGCGCACCGCGCUUCGGCCUAUUCGCGCCGAUCUCUAAGGUGACGAAGUCCCCGUCGAACAGGAAGCCAGGCGCUUGCGCGAUCCACAGCAACGGUCGGGCGACGCCAGUUCGACGUUCCAACUCGCGGGAGUCUCUCACUUCGUUGGGCACGUCGAUUGCGUCUUCACGCGUGGGGGUGAGGCUGGGCGUCACGCCACUCGGCGCUCAGCGAGGCGGUCCGCGAGCCUCAUCCACGCCCGUCAGCGCCAAGAACGCGUUACAGGAGCUAUUACGAGAGAAGCAACAUCAUCUAGAACGGUUGAUGCGUGAAAGAGAAUUGGAGCGUGCCGAGGUUGCUAAAGUGUCCCUUCAGGCAGAAAGAGCGGAGACCGCAUUGGAACAGAUUAAAAAGGAAGCUACACAGGCAAAUACUGAGAAUGCGAAACUCAAGGCCGAGUUGGACAAGCUUAACAAGAUGCUGGAGGACGAAAGGCAGAAGGUGGAGGACCUUAUGUUUCGAACCGAAGAAGAGAAUAUUAAUCGAGAAGACUAUAACAGAUAUAAAGAAGCCAUGGAGCAAGAGAAAGCGGCUAGGGAGAAACACAUUCGAGAACUUGAAGCAGAAGUUGCUCUACAAGCGGCAAGGGCUGAAACAACAGCGGCGGCGUUGAAAGCGCUUGAGGAUCAACGAAGUGCUGAAGUAGCCGCAAUGGCCGAACAAUAUAAAGAAGAACUAUCUGCAGCCCAUACCUUAUCUUCAGAGCUGCAAAAAUUGUUGGAUGAAGCGUACGCUCUUCUCAAAGAAAAGGAAAGUGAAAAGGAUUCCCUGGGUAAGAGCUUGUCCGAAGAGCUAACACGGGUCAAAGCAGAAUCAGAAAAAGCAUUAAACGAAGCGAAAACCAAAAUUGCAAUAUCUCAAACUGAAUUUGAAACUCAGGUCUCAGUAUUAACUGCUAAAUUGCAACUGGCAGAAUCGAAACUUGAUGCAGAAAAACAAAACGUCGAGAGACUUAAUAAAGAAAAUAGCCAAACUGUUAUUGAUCUAAAUACUAAGAUAACUCAACUGCAAGCCGUUCUUGAUGAUAAAACAUUAGAAUUAAAUAAAGUUCUGGGAGCAAGCAAGGAGCAUGAAGUAAGCUUGAAUAAAGAAAUAACAAAAUUAAAAAUGGAACUAAGUUCAAAAAUAUUAGAUAUUGAAGAAUUAGAAGAUUUAAAGAAAAAACAAGAAACAUUGUGCAAGAGUUUACAAGAAGAAGUUGGACGUGCCAAGGAAGAGCUUGCAGUUAAAGUUAAUGAAUACGAAAGUUUCUUAAAUGAGUUGUCUCAACAAAAUGAACAAUACAAAAGUGAAAUUUUAAAAUUACAGCAAGGUUUACAAUCAAAGACAAAAGAAUAUGAGAGGUUGCUUACCGAAUCUGCUGAAACAUCUAGUUCCAAUGAAAAACUCAUUAAUGAAUACAAGCAAACGCUUCAUGAAAGGGAUAAGGAAAUAAUAAAACUUAAAGAUGAUUUCGAACAAGCUACGGCCAAUUUUAAUAUCAAGCAUAGUAAAAUUGCAGAAGAGCAUAGAAAGGAAAUUGAUGACCGUAAUGCAAAAAUAGAACAGCUCCUAAAAGAAAUUGACGUUCAUAAACUAGCUUUGGAACAAAGUAAAGUGGAAUUAGACACCCUUAAUUCACAAUUUUCAGUCAAUAUGGAUGAAAUAAAGACACUGAAACUAGAAAACGAACGAUUAAAACAGUCAGUUGACGAAUUAACACAAAGUAAUAAUGAACUAAAAGAAAAAAUGUCAGCUAUGGAAUUAGAAAUUGGAGAAUUGAAACGGCAGUUAAGUAGCACUUUAGAAAAAUGUGAAGAAUUACAAAAAUCUAAAGAAAAAGUAGAAAAUGAAUAUAUGAAUCUUACAGGACAAGCAACCGAUUCCAAUGAACAGUUCAAUAAAUUAUCACAACACUUAAAAGAUACUGAGAAAGAGCUUCAAGAAUUAAGAGAUAAGCAUAGAGAAAUCAGUAAUAAUCAUGGACGUGUCGAGCAAGAAUUAAAACAGAAAAUAUUUAAAUUGCAAGAAGAAUUCUCAGUAGAACGUGGCCAGUUAUUAGAUUCUAUAAACGAAAGUAUUGAAAAACAAAAAUCAGAAGAAAAUAAAAUAAAAGAAUUCGAAAUGCAUGCAAUUCAACUUAAUAAUCGUACAAGAGAAUUAGAAAACCAAAACGAUUCACUAUUAGAUGAAAAUUCUAUUCUUAAAAGAGAAAUAGAGAAUCUUAAGGUAAAAGAACAAGAAUUAAGUAUUGAGUAUGAAUCUAUACGUAAAAAAUUGGAAGUAGAAAUCGAUAGAUACAAGGAAGAGGUAUCGAUGUUGAAAGCUGAAGGUGCAACGUCUGAAGUUAAACUCAUGGAAAAGGUUGAUCAAUUAACUGAAGCACAAAAUGAUUUGAAUAAUAAACUAGAAGAAGCAAGAAAACAUGAAGAUGCUCUACAAAAAAUAUUGGAAGAUAUGACAGGACAGAUGAAAAACCAAACAAUUCAGCACGAAAAAGAGAUAUCUCAUGUUCAAGUUCAGUUGGUUACAAUUACUGAAGAAUUGAGCAAAUACAAAACAGAAGAACAAAGAUUAAAGGAACUUCUUGAAGAAAAGCAAAAUAUUGUAAAAGAUUUAACAUUGAAGUUAGAAAUGAUAGAAAUCGAUGUUAAGUCACACAUAGAAUUGGUUGCUGAAAAAGACCGACAGUUAGCGCAAGUAAAUGAAGAGUUAAAUAAAGUUACGGAUAGUAAAAAAAAGUUAGAGGAACAAUAUAACAAUAUUACCGCUGAAGCAUUAGCAAUAAAACAAAAAUAUGAAAAUUUGUUAAGCAAUGCAUCUGCUGAAGAGUCCAUGUUAAAAGAUCAGAUGGAUCAAAUGGAGACACUAAGGAAAGAAAUGAUUACAAUUCGUAAUGAAAAAACAGCUUUAGAAUCUAAAUACAAUGAUGCCUCAAAUGAGCUUAGUGAAUUAAAAACUAAGUCUGAAGAGGUAGCAACGAAAUUAAAAGAAAAUGUUGACAUAACAACAAACUUAUCUAAAGAAGUAGAGAAAAAAGACGAUUUAAUUAGAUCUCACGUUGACCAACUUAAAGCCGACUCGGAGAAAAUUAAACAAUUAGAAGAAAAAAUUGCUCAACUAAGAGUGGAAGUAAUAAAUAAAGACAAGGUUUUAGAAGAAAAUGAAAAUCGACUUAUUGAACUAAAGGAUGCCUUAAAAUCAGGGUCUGAUGAAAAGAUGCAUGCUUUCAAUGUACUCCAGUCAGAAAAUGAACAAUUAAGGGUAGAACACAAAAAUGAAGUUGAAUCUCUUACAAAUGAAACAAAUUCCCUUAGGAAUCAAAUUUCAGAAAAAGAAAAACAACUAGAAAACCUUCAGAAAACUCAGGAAAAAGUUGCUGAAUUACAAGAAUUGUUAGCAAAAUCUGAUAGCGAUAUCAAACAAUUAACAAAUAUCAAUGAAGGGCAAAAAUUAAAUUACGAAGAUCUAAAUAAACAACUUCAAAUGCAAUUUGAUCAGUAUAGAAAGGAAAAUAAAAGCGUGCAACAUGAACUGAAGAAUAAAAUAAUCUGCUAUGAAAAACAAUUACAAGAAUCGAAAGACAAAUAUAAAGAAGAAUCUGAGAAACAACAUCAACUUCAAAGUAAACUUACGGACGCUGAAAAAAGAAUAUUAGACUUAUCAGAAAAAUUAGAAUUGUUAACCGUGCAACAACUUAGUGAUAUAAAUAAGGACGAUAAAUUACAAACGUUGACGAUUGAAUUACAAGCUGCAAGAAAAUCUUGUGCCGAAACUCUAGCUAAUAGCGAAUUGACAAUAAAUAAUCUGAAAGAAGAAGUUGAUAUUAAAAUUAGGGAUUUAAAGCUUAAAGACGAAAUGAUAACAAGGUUACAAGAAGAGUUAAAGAAUCACAAGGUCAAAGCGGAAGUAGCCGAGAGGGAAAAAAUUAUAUUGCAAAAAGAAAUAGCAUCAAUUGGUACCAGCGUACGUGAUAAAAAUGAUAAUAACGCUGUAGGUACUUUGGGACAAGGUGACAAUGCAUCCACAAGGAUACAAGAGGAAAAAGAAAUAGAAGGUCAAGUGAGUUUUUUGAAUUCUGUGAUAGUCGACAUGCAGCGUAAAAAUGAGCAACUAAUGGCAAGAGUUCAAGCACUCGAAGGUGGUACUAUCACAAGCGAACCUCCGCUUUUCAACGGUCGCAAAACGCGGGCGCCUCGGCUGUUCUGCGACAUCUGCGACAUGUUCGACGCGCACGACACCGAGGAGUGCCCGCGCCAGGCGGAUGCGCCCGCGCCCGCUGCCCGCACGCCGCCGCCGCCGCGCCCCUACUGCGACAUAUGCGAAGUGUUUGGUCACGCCACGGAGAACUGUGAUGAAGAAGAAACUUUUUAA